AUGGACACAUACGUGGAAAAUUUUCAUGAUUUGAAGGAUUUGGAACGAAUGGAGUACGUUCCGUUCGGUCGAACCGGUCUGCGAGUAUCUAAAGUCUCCCUAGGAACGGGCACAUUGAGUCCGUUGUACGGUGCUCUAGACGAAGCGAGUGCUUUGGAAGCCGUUAAUGGUGCUAUUCGCCGUGGAAUCAACUACAUCGAUACAGCCCCCUUUUACGGGCAGGGUCACUCCGAAAAGGUACUAGGGAAGGCUCUCAAAACCAUACCGCGUCGAGCGUACUAUCUGGCCACCAAAGUGGGCCGGUAUGAGCAAAAGUAUGAACGUAUGUUCGAUUACACGGCUGCAAAAACCCGUGAGAGCGUCGAACGGAGCUUGCAGUUGCUCGGCGUGGACAUCCUUGACGUGGUGCAAAUUCAUGACGUUGAGUUUGCCCCAAACCUGGACAUCAUCGUACAGGAGACGCUCCCUACGCUCGAAGCUUUACGGCACGAAGGAAAGCUACGGUUCAUCGGUGUCUCGGCAUACCCAUUGGGGGUUUUGAAGGAAAUAAUCACGAAAGCACCCGGCCGAUUCGACUCCGUCCUUUGCUACUGCCGCAAUACCCUGUUCGAUGAUUCUGUUAAGGAAUACCUGCCGUUCUUUGCACAACAUCAGUUGGCCGUCAUUUGCGCGUCGGGUCACGGCAUGGGACUGCUAACAAACGCUGGGCCUCAACCGUGGCACCCAGCGGACGAUCAGCUAAAAUCGAUUUGCCGGGAAGCGGCCGACUACUGCCAGCGCCACGAGGUCGAACUAGGCAAGCUGGCGAUGUACCACUUUAUUCAACUGUCGGGCCCCGCGACGUAUCUAUCCGGAAUGCAAACACCGCAGCUGGUGGACAUCAAUCUGGACGCUUACCUCAAUGGCCUCUCCGAGAAGGAAGCGGAAGUGUUAGACCACCUGAAAGAAAGCGUGUUUCCUAAAAUACUUCGCAAACAUUGGGAAGGCGUCGAGGUGGAACGUUACUGGGCAGCGAUGAAAGUAUAAACUACCUCACGGGGCCACAUUUGUUGGUUCAAAAUUAACAACUUGCACGUGCGCGAUCUAA